GGCCACGAUUAUGAUUAAUGGGGAAAGUUGUCUGCGCGUCUAUCCGGCACCGCCAUGGGCGCUUCAGCAUUCCAAGCACUUUGUGAACCGUGUGCUAUGGGCCUAUGGCUCGUGGGAACACUCCCAGCGUGGGAAGACAGUCUAUCUCGCGCAUAUAAGAAGACAGGAGGGGCUGGUGUUGUCCAGACAGUCCGUUCAAGGUCUUCUACUACUAGCCUCCUCAAGGCCAUCCAUUGUCGAAGCUCCAUCCGCAGCGUCAAGCGCCUCCAUUCCACCUCUUCGCGAUCAGCCUACCUCUUCCUCUACCCCCGCCACGCAAAACCUUGUCCCUCUGCUAACAUGAACGGCAUCGUGCGCACGAACACCAAUACCUCCUACCUCUGGAGGCGCCGCGACAUGGCGGGUCUCGGCCGCCUGGCAUGGCCGCUCGACUGGUCCGACUACAGCCAGGGCCCCCUCACGCAAGCCACCGAGGCGCCGCUCGCGAUCUACGAGGGAGACCACCAACACCUCUUCAUCAUGACCAGCACCGUCCCCAGGAUGUCAAAGUGUCCGCGUCCCGCUCAGACGCGUUUCCUGUGCUUCGAGGAUUUCCUCACCUACAACGGGCUCUCCACGCGCCCUCUCCACGAGGUCUUCGCGAGCCGUGAGGCUCUGAAGGCGGAUGCGCUUCUCCUGACUGCCGCCUUCAUCAUUAUGUCGAGGUCAGUGGCCAACGCCGAUACCGGCGCUGUGGCAGAGAUCGACGCGGCCGCUGCGGCCCUUGGGGACAUCAUCCUCGACCUUCACAUGAAGGUCUACGGGUCCUUCGCCCAAUGGUACUAAGCUGUUGGCAUACUGCGGCUUCACACCAAGUGACAAGUCUCGAGACCUUCAGCACUGGCGUAUCUACUAUCUGCACCUGACCCGGUCCUGGACAUUACAACAAACUCUCGGCACUCAGCACCUUCGAGCACACCUAGUAUGUAUCAUAAUCUUC